AAUGCAUACGUCUUUCUUGAAUAAAUUAAACGAAUAUAAAAUGGAAGUUGGAUCUGAUAUUCAACAAAGGUUAACAGAUGAAUUAUUAUCGGGGCUGGCAAGUUCACUUCUCAAUGAUUCUGUUUUUGAGAUAUGCAGAACUUUAAGGGAGGUUCAACAUUUGGAGGAGAAAAAUUUAUUUUCUUCAAGAGUAAAAAUGGUAAAUGAACAGGUUGUUUCAAAACAGGAAGUUAUAAGUAAGCAUCGGGAGAAAAUUCAGUCUUGUUUAUCUGAACCAGAAAACCUUCAAGCCGUUCAGGCGCAAUGUGAAAAAGAAGCUAAAGAGUUUGAUUUAAAAUGUGAAGAUGAAUUGAAGAAGAAAGAUAUGCGCAUAAUAAUGGAACUAGAUCAAAAAGUUAUGGAUCAACAAGUAACUCUGGAAAAGCUUGGUAUUCCAGGCUUUUAUGUAACAAAUAAGGAAAUUGAAAUGCAAGUUCAGAUGUGCUUAUUAGAAUUUAUUUUAAAACUUCAAAACUCUCAGGAAAAUGAUUAA